AUGUCUUUGGGGGGUUUUUUCAGUAUUAAUACAGAAGAAGAGUCAGCAUUUGUGAUGGAGGGAGAUUCAGUCACUCUACACACUGAUGUUAAAACAAAUCAACAAGAAAAGAUUAGAUGGUAUUUUAAUGAUGCUCGUAUAGCUCAAAUCACUGGAGAUCUCAGUUUUAUCUGUACAGAUGUUCAGUGUGAAGAAGGUACUGAGAGAUUCAGAGAGAGACUGAAGCUGGAUCAUCAGACUGGAUCUCUGACCAUCAGAGACAUCAGAACCACAGACUCUGGACUUUAUCGUCUACGUAUCAUCAGCAGCAACAGCAUCAGUGAAAAGAUCUCCAUUCUUGCUGUAUAUGAUGCUCCUGAGCAAGAUCAAAUGAAGAGAAAGUCAGUGAAGGAGGGAGAAUCUGUUACUUUAGGUCCUGGUGAAGUUAAAAACCUGAAUUAUUUUAUGAAAUGGUAUUUUAAUGACACUCUCAUCGCUGAAAUCACAGGAGAUCCCAAUAAAACCUGUACAGAUGGUCAGUGUGAAGAUCCUGAUGGAAGAUUCAGAGACAGACUGGAGGUUAGUCAGUCUGGAUCUCUGACCGUCAGAAACACCACAAUCACAGACUCUGGGCUUUAUAAACUACAGAUCAACAGCAGCAACAGAAUCAGUAUCAUCAAGAUAUUCAGCGUUAUUGUCACUGGUGAGUAUCAUUAGCCAUUCCUUGCACAUUCCUUUGCAGUUUUAGAAAACCGUUUGAA